AGUGCGCCGGGUAUUGGCAGCUGAGGAGUGGAGGCUGGGCGGCUCCGACUCCCUGACGCCAGCGCGACCAGAUCAAUCCAGGCUCCGGGAGCGAGCGAGCGAGUGUGCGAGCGGGCGGGCGGGAGGAGGAAGGAGAGGCCGAGCCGCUGAGCCCGGGCCGAGGCGCGGGGAGUGACCCUGCGAGCGCAGCGCCCGGCCGGCCGGACCGGGGCCGCGGGGCACCCCGCUCGCCCGGCCAACUCGUGCGCCCGCGUGGACAGGCGCGCAGCCAACCCGAUGAUGAUGAAGAAAAUGCCAUUGUUGUGAAGUUGGCUAACGAGGUUUCCUUUCAGUAUAGAGCAAGUCUCACAGCAGUUAAAGGUGCUGACUUUGGGUUACUUUUGGAAACACUAGGAAUGGUGAUUGCUCCUUUUCAGGACCUCAGCACGAAGAAGCUAAGGAUCAUCCUAUGUCAAUAAAGUGAAACCUCUUCUGCUGUCCUUUCACAUUUGGGGACGUCUUUCUUUCUCCAUCCGCAAGGAGUGUACGUGGUGCCGUCAUGAACGUGACAAGUUUGUUUUCCUUCACAAGUCCAGCCGUGAAGAGACUUCUUGGGUGGAAACAGGGUGAUGAAGAAGAAAAAUGGGCAGAGAAAGCUGUGGAUGCUUUGGUGAAAAAACUGAAGAAAAAGAAAGGUGCCAUGGAGGAACUGGAAAAGGCCUUGAGCUGUCCGGGGCAGCCCAGUAACUGUGUCACCAUUCCCCGCUCCCUGGACGGCAGGCUGCAAGUUUCCCACCGGAAGGGGCUGCCUCACGUCAUUUACUGCCGCGUGUGGCGCUGGCCAGACCUUCAGAGCCACCAUGAACUGAAACCACUGGAAUGCUGUGAGUUUCCUUUCGGCUCCAAGCAGAAGGAAGUGUGCAUCAAUCCCUACCACUAUAAGCGAGUAGAAAGCCCUGUUCUUCCUCCAGUACUGGUUCCAAGACACAGUGAAUAUAAUCCUCAGCACAGCCUCUUAGCUCAGUUCCGGAACUUAGGACAAAAUGAGCCUCACAUGCCGCUCAACGCCACUUUCCCGGAUUCUUUCCAGCAACCCAGCAGCCAUCCGUUUCCUCAUUCUCCCAAUAGCAGUUACCCAAACUCUCCUGGGAGCAGCAGUAGCACCUACCCUCACUCUCCGACCAGCUCAGACCCAGGAAGCCCCUUUCAGAUGCCAGCCGAUACACCUCCACCUGCUUAUCUGCCUCCUGAAGAUCCCAUAACCCAGGAUGGCUCUCAGCCCAUGGACACAAAUAUGAUGGCGCCUUCACUGCCCUCAGAAAUCAACAGAGGAGAUGUUCAAGCAGUUGCUUACGAGGAACCAAAACACUGGUGCUCUAUUGUCUACUACGAGCUCAAUAACCGUGUGGGCGAAGCUUUCCACGCCUCCUCCACGAGCGUGCUGGUGGAUGGUUUUACCGAUCCUUCCAACAACAAGAACCGCUUCUGCCUUGGGCUGCUCUCCAACGUCAACCGGAAUUCCACUAUCGAAAACACUAGGCGACACAUCGGGAAAGGAGUUCAUCUUUAUUACGUCGGAGGCGAGGUCUACGCCGAAUGCCUCAGUGACAGUAGUAUCUUUGUGCAGAGUCGGAACUGCAACUACCAUCACGGAUUUCAUCCCACUACUGUUUGCAAGAUCCCUAGUGGGUGUAGUUUGAAAAUUUUUAACAACCAAGAAUUCGCUCAGUUACUGGCACAGUCUGUGAACCAUGGCUUCGAGACAGUCUAUGAGCUCACAAAAAUGUGUACUAUUCGCAUGAGCUUUGUGAAGGGUUGGGGAGCAGAAUAUCACCGCCAGGAUGUUACUAGCACCCCCUGCUGGAUUGAGAUCCAUCUGCAUGGCCCGCUCCAGUGGCUGGAUAAAGUUCUUACCCAGAUGGGUUCACCUCAUAAUCCUAUUUCCUCUGUGUCUUAAAACGGCCUCGGGUUUCUGCCUCUUGAGAACUAUUGAGCCUUGCAUGUACUUGAAGGAUGGAUGAGUCAGACACCAUCUGAACUGACAAAGGAGCCUUGAUAAUACUUGACCUCUGUGACCAACUGUUGGAUUCAGAAAUUUCAAAACCUGGGUAACAUGCUGUUGAUAUCAAGAACCUGUUUAGUUUACAUUGUAACAUUCUAUUGUAAAAUCAACUAAAAUGCAUACUUUUAGCAGGACUUCGUGUAUAGUUAAAGGAGAGAUGGCCAAGCCAGGGACAAAUCAUCCUUUGGGAAAACGGUCCUAAGAGAUUCUGUUGUGGUCGGCACUUUAAGGUCAUCGUUUGGCAGAAGCUGAGCAUUAAUAGUCUUUCUGACGUGUGUUUUUAUCAGGUUUAGAGCCCACGUGGGGUCUUCUCGCGUGGGUGUUCAUAAUAUUUUAAAACUAUUUGUUUAGCAAUGGUUUUUGUUUGUUCGUUUUUUUUAAGUAAAGGUUAAUCUUGGUGAUAUACAUAGUAAUCUUUCUAAAAUUGUAUGCUGACCAUAAUGCUGUCAGAAUAAUGUUAGGCAUAUGCUCUUUGCUAAAUAUAUAUGUACAGAAUAUUUGGAGGUUAAGAAUUGAUUAGAUUAGUGGAUUUAGGAGUAUUGGAGGGGGCGGGGGGAGAGGGAAAUGACAAAUGUAGAAUAUACUGUAAAAAUUCAGUUUGUUGCUUUAAAGAAACAAACUGAUGCCUGGAUUUUGCUGUGUUUCAAUUUUUUAGAGAUUUUAUCCUACCUUUUUUUUUUUUCCAUCUUCUGUCCUAUCCUCUCCAAAAAACAGUUAUACAGCUGGUUAAUUCAUAUAACUGUGAGAGCAAAUGAAUAAUUCCUACUAUUCUGAAACUGACUACCUGUAUGUUUCAGUACCAAUUGUAUGGAGUGCUUGAAUUUAAUAAGGGGUUUUUAUGGAGUUUACAAUACAGAAAUAGGCUUUAAUUUUCAAGUGAAUUGUUUGCCAAACCUAGUAACUCUGUUAAAUAUUUGGAGGAUUUAAGGAACAUCUCAGUUUAAAUCCAUUUCAAACUUUUUAAGUUUUUUUGUACUGUGUUUGGUUUUAUUUUUCUUCUGCUAAUCUUUUAUAUUCACUUACGCUCUCGUACAUUGAGUACUUUUAUUCCAAAACUAGUGGGUUUUCUCUACUGGAAAUUUUAAAUAAA